CAUCGCUCGACCGAGUGAGCCGCCACAGAGCGCGGGAGAAAAUGUCCAGCGCCAAGAUCAUAGAAAAUCCAGAAGUGCCGGGAUUCGAAUGUUUCUUGCCACCGCCUCCACCGCCGCCUCCCCCGCCACCGCCACCGCCGCCGCCGCCACCGCCGACUUCUACGAACAAACCUUCGGAUGGCAAUACACCAUCGACAACGACGCAGCAGCAACGAUCGGCGACAACGACCGAGAGUGUGAUAACGGCGAUCACGGCAGCGGUGGCGACCGCGAACGAUGGAGUUUCGCCAAGCCUCGCUACGUUCCCCCCGAACGUACCUCCGAGUCCGUUCAUGCUGCACCCCGCGAUGCAACCGCAACCCCCUGGACAACCGGCGACUCCGACUCCCUGGUGGAUACCUACCGACAACGAUACCUCGGACAUCUACGCUCAGUGGUACGAUCCGACUUACAAAGGCGCGGUGAUCACGACGGCGGCCUCCUCCACGGUGACACCUGCUAUGGGAAAGAGCAAGAACAAGAAUUUUUACAAACGCAAGAAUGAGUUUAUCGAUCCUGCUCAGGAUGCGGAGAAAGUGGCGAGCGCGCAGAGGGAACUGUCGGCGCUGAUGAAACCGCUCAAGUGUGAUCUAUGUAAUGCAGUUAUGAACUCCACGUUGCAAGCGAAAUUGCAUUAUGACGGCAAGCCGCAUCAGAAAAAAGUGUCCAUGUAUCUCAAUCAGAGCGUAAAAAAACAGAAAACGGACGACGGCCAAGUGAGCAGUACGACCAAUAACGACUGGCAAAACUACUGUGAUAUAUGUAAAACGUGGUUCACGUCGCAAACAGACGCCACGCAACACUACGCGGGCAAAAAGCACAUUAGGGCGGCGAAUGGCGGACCCCGUACGAGGCCGUCAAAGAAGUCGCAGAAUCAAAAUCAAUACAACCAGGUGGACUCGACGGGUCGCUUCGGAAUAGGGAUGUCCUUUCAAACGGACGCGCAAUCCGCGCCAGCCGCGACACCAAUAGUAGUGUCUGAUGCAACGACCGCGAUUCCGAAUCCGGCUGCGGCGAUGCCGGCCAUGUACACAGCACCGCCGUAUCCUACGCCGCUGCGCUGCGACUUGUGCGGAGUCUCGGCGAAUCGGCAGGAUCAGCUGGAGACGCACAAACGCGGUGCUCGGCAUCUGAGGAUGCUCAGACUGAACGGACUCCCCGUGCCUGAAUCCGUUGUGGAGAACGAGAACGCGUCCAGCACCUCGGAACCUAUAGAUUACUCCAUUUACCGGACACCAUCGGGACAAUAUUACUGUGCACCAUGCAAUCUAUCGUUGAACUCGGAGACCACGUUCGCUCAGCACGUCGAGAGCAAGAAGCACAAAAAUCAGUCUAACCCAAAGUUACCCAACACUGCGGUGGCGACAAAGAAAGCCAGGUUCAAGAAAAAAUAAAACCGCGACAACGAUAUCACGUUGACA